AGUCUCAAGGGGGCUAACGCGAGCUAACAACAACGAGGGGCAGAUGGGUGGACGGACCUGCUAGAUUAGGCAGCUGCAUGCCCAGUGAGAUUGUACUUUCAGAACAGGGGUUGGUCUGGGUGCUCUCAGCUUCAUUGAUCUGGACUCUUCUCUGAAACUUCAGUGGGCUGGAUGUUUGGUCACUGAAAGUAAAGACUUCUGCAGAUCACUAAAGGAUCCCAAAACCUACAGUAAUGAAGACUGGGUUCCCUGAACAGGCAGAAAAAUCCUAAUCUCUUUCCCACCUCUGUCACUAUGUCUAUUGGAAUAAAAGGGUGCAGGUGACUGGGUCUGAUGGCUGUGGCUUGCCUAUAGAUGACAGACCAGUAUCUGGAAUUGGGAUGCUAGGACAUACGCCGCAGGCCCCUCACUAUCCAGCUGAAAUCAGUAGUGGACGUGGAGACAAGAGAAAGCCAUAAGAAAUAUUUGGAAAGCUCUUGAGAGACCACCCAACCCCUUUUUACAGGAGCUUUGGUAUUGAAAUGGUUUGUAGGUUUCUUUGAAGCCCUCUUAGCUGAAGUGGUUGAAUCUGUCAUUUUGAAAAGAAAAAGUUUUGUGUAAAUGCAGCAGUGAGUUUUGUUUUACUACACUGCAGUAUGAACAUUUAGAAUUUACUUGAUUUUUUUUUUCCUUUGCAGAUUUUUUAAAAAAAUACCAUGUCUAAUGGUUAUGAAGACCACAUGGCCGAAGACUGCAGGGAUGAUAUCGGGAGAACGAAUUUAAUUGUCAACUAUCUCCCUCAGAAUAUGACCCAGGAUGAGCUACGAAGUCUGUUCAGCAGUAUUGGUGAAGUUGAAUCCGCAAAACUUAUUCGAGAUAAAGUAGCAGGACACAGCUUGGGCUAUGGCUUUGUGAACUACGUGACUGCCAAAGACGCGGAAAGAGCAAUAAACACGCUGAACGGCCUGAGGCUCCAGUCCAAAACCAUUAAGGUGUCGUACGCCCGCCCGAGCUCCGAGGUCAUCAAAGAUGCCAACUUGUACAUCAGCGGGCUCCCUAGGACCAUGACCCAGAAGGAUGUGGAGGACAUGUUCUCGCGGUUUGGACGCAUCAUCAACUCCCGUGUGCUCGUGGACCAGACCACAGGUUUGUCCAGAGGGGUUGCGUUUAUCCGGUUUGACAAACGGUCGGAGGCAGAAGAGGCAAUUACCAGUUUCAAUGGUCAUAAACCCCCAGGUUCCUCCGAGCCUAUCACAGUGAAGUUUGCCGCCAAUCCCAACCAGAACAAAAACGUGGCGCUGCUCUCCCAGCUCUACCACUCGCCCGCGAGACGGUUUGGAGGGCCCGUGCACCACCAGGCGCAGAGAUUCAGGUUCUCCCCGAUGGGUGUCGAUCACAUGAGCGGGCUCUCUGGCGUCAACGUCCCAGGCAAUGCGUCUUCGGGCUGGUGCAUCUUCAUCUACAACCUUGGGCAGGACGCCGACGAAGGAAUCCUCUGGCAGAUGUUUGGCCCCUUUGGCGCCGUCACCAAUGUGAAAGUGAUCCGCGACUUCAACACCAACAAGUGCAAAGGGUUUGGCUUUGUGACCAUGACAAACUAUGAAGAAGCCGCGAUGGCCAUAGCCAGUCUGAACGGCUACCGCCUGGGGGACAAAAUCUUACAGGUUUCGUUCAAAACCAACAAGUCCCACAAAUAACUCGCUCAUGCUUUUUUGUACGGAAUAGAUAAUUAAGAGUGACCGAAGUUGAAACUUUUUUGUUAGUGUACAACUCACUUUGCGCCAAUUUUCACAAGUGUUUGUCUUAGUCUAAAUGAGAAGUGAAAAGGUUUUUUAUACUCUGGGAUGCAACUGACAUGUUCAAAUGUUUGAAAUCCCACAAUGUUAGACCAAUUUUAAGUUUCUUAAGUUAUUUCCUUUAAAAUAUAUAUUAAACAGAAAUCUAAGUAGACUGCAUUAACUAACCAGUCCCUCUGGAUGGUGGUAAAACUGAAGCAUGCUUUAACUUAUAAGACUGUCUAACAUUUCGUUUCAUUUGAUGUCUCCACGAACUGGAUAAAAAAAAGGAAACGUUAUCUUUUAGUUUUAGUUUUUCAACUACAGAUGUUAGACAGACACUGAGUGUGCGUUUUCUCAACCGCUACCACAUUUUAAGCGAUUGAUGCUUUGGUUGGCAGGAAAUUGCUUCCCCGAGCAGGUCCCAUUGCCACCUCCCGCUCACUCAGCCCCAGGCUCUGCCGAGCGGCCUUGGGAGGGCCAGCGUGCCCGUCUGAGGGGCGCCUCCACAGGGAGGGAGGCCGCGGGCCGUCCAGAGAAGGGCACACACAGGUUUUGUAAGCCCGGGCGCCAAUGGGGACGGACCAAAGAGUUUCAGGGAAACUCCAGUGUAUUCCAGAGUCAGCUCUAAGCUCCAGGCACACCUGGAGACUUGUCGCUGCUCCGACUUCCCGAAUCUGCCCAAACAUGCAUGCAUGGUGCCCCCACAGCGGACACGGUUGUUCACUUCCUCCAGUCUCUGAGACCAUUCACCACAGCUUGAACACGUACCAUAGCGCUGUGUUUUAACCACACAUAAACAUUUGAGCAUUGUAUCUCUCGCAUCCCUUCUUGUGAGCGCUAGGCUUUCCUUCCUAUUUUAGUCGGAUUUUUGUUUUGAAAUUUUGCUUUCGUAUGAACACUCAGCAGAAAAGUACUUCUUGCUGGUUAGCUAUUAACAAAAGUCUUUGAUUGUAGUCCUAAAGAUGAACCCGCAACGCUCUCUCCAUAACUGCCUUGACAUUUUGGGUUGCUCUGUUAAUUUUUCUUUUGCUUUUUUUGUGUUUUUUGUUUGUUUUUACUUUUGCAUUUAAGACCAUUAAAUUUGAUUUUGUUUUGCUCGA